UGUCCAUAUCACUGCCCUUCUUUCAGCAGACCCAACUUCCAUUGUUGUCUCUGUCUCUCUCCUUUCCUAGUUGUCGUCUCCUUCACUCUCUUAUCCACACUGAUACACGUAUAAAUAGUCCAAAGUUGCAAACGAAACUACCCAUUCGAUCCACAUCUAGUGCUAGCUAGCAUCAUCUCAUUGCCUUUUGAAUUAUUUGAAAACAGGGAAGAUUUUAAUGGAGCUUGAACUUGAGCUAGCGCUUUCUGUACCAGAUCCCACCAGAGGUUUUGACCUGAACAGGAAUGUAUGUGAUGGAAAAGAUGUGUUUGGUUUAGAUACGAGGAGCUGUCUGUGUGCAGAAAGCACGAGCCAUGGUCGACACAAGCGUGGCUUUGAAGAUGCUUUCUUUAAAAGCAAAGACUCGUUUAAAGAGCUGUCUUUGCUGCUGUGGAGUGGUCACCCAAACAAGGAAGAUGAUGACAGGAAGGACACCGACCAGAGAAGCUCUUGUGCCAUACACAUUAAUGCUGGAGAAAAUAACAAAGUUGUGGGGUGGCCACCCAUUAAAUCAUGGAGGAAAAAGCACCUUCAUGGGCUGCAACAGGACGGUCCGGGUUCUGAUAAUUAUUGGAUGGAAGAAGAUGAAGAUGAUGGAAUUGUUUUUAACCCAAAAUAUGUGAAGGUGAAGAUGGAGGGGAUGCCAAUAGCAAGGAAGAUUGAUGUGGGGCUGUAUAACUCAUAUCAGACGCUGAAAACUGCCUUGAUUGACAUGUUUUCCAAUUCUUGCUAUCAAAAGUGUGGGAAUAGUAAUGCCAGCUUAACUCUCACCUAUCAGGACAAAGAAGGAGAUUGGUUGCUUGCAGGAGAUCUCCCAUGGCAGACUUUUCUAGAGUCAGUACAAUGCAUGAAGAUUAUAAGAAGACAACCAUCAAACUAAUGGAAGAAAUCUUUGUGAGAUUGCUGCUUGUUUGUUUUACUUCCCCUCAUAUCAUUUCUGAGUAAUGAGCUAUUAUAUGAUAUCCCAAAAAAAAGAGAGGGGUGAGUUAAUUUAGUUAAGUUCUUUUAGCAUAUUUGUUAUAAGAGUGAUGGAAGGAAUGGGUUUCAAUUUUUAUUACGCGUUGCUUGUAUAAUAAUAUUUUGACAUCCCGCUGCCAAAAAAGUAAAUCAAUGGAUAGUUUGGAUGUCA